AUGAUAGAUAGCACCACCAAACUCACUAAAUCUAAAGUAACCCAACAUGGUAAAUUAUAUUUUGAUGUAGCUAUGUACAGGCGCAUAAGUAGAACUUGCGAAGAAAUUAAAACGGACUGUACACAUAUUCGCACAGGAUAUUGCCACACUCACACCUGUUUUACCAGAAGUUUUGCCCUAGGAAUUCGGUUACUCACCUGGCUGUGGAUACACGAGACCUGGCGUAAGGAAAUCUAUGGGACCAAAAAAUACAAAAUUUGGGAAUGGUUUCAAAAAGUUUGUUGUUCUGCUCUUAAAGCAAUCUUUUUAAGCAUUCUUUUCUUUUUUCUCGAAUUUGCAAGGGUGACAUCCAGUUUCAUGAGUAAAUUGUUUUAUUUUGAUUAUGUCAAUCAAUUUUACAACACUAAAUCCAGUGACAAUAUGAACGUCAACGCACUUGGAAAAGUUGGUAAUCAAUUGACUGGUGACAAAUAUUUUAGCAAAUUUAUAUUAACCGGGUUCGCUAAUUACUUCUACAACAAAUUAACUGAUUGCAAAUGCUUAGGAUCAAAACUUAUUAUUUCUACGAGAAUUAUUGUUUUCCGUUUAUCUGACAGCAACAUAGUGGAAAUUAGGAAAACUGAACUAAUUCCUUUAUCAUACUUGCCUUGUAGAGUGCGGUUUAUUUUAAAAUUUGCCUCCAUCCGACUAGAUGAAAUAUUAGUAAGGAGAAAGUACAAUAAAAUAAACAUUCCACAGAUGUCCUACCACUUUUUUCUUACUAAGGAGGAAAUUAUUUUGCUCAUUUGCAAAGAAUUGGCACAAAACCACAGGGAAAUAAUGUGUUACAAGGCUAUACAUAUUACGAGAUCAUCUCGUCUUGAUCUCCAAACUUUACAAUCACUCGAUGAACAAAUUUUUCCAUGGUCAGAAUUUUAUUUUUGUCAAAAUAACAGCACUCUAUUUAACACCAAGAAAUGCACUUUUAAAGGGAGUGCUUUAAGAGAAAAUAUUGUUCAAAGCAAUUCCUUAAAAACUCAAAUAACUUUAAAAAAACAUCUUUUAUUAGCACAAAUUCGUUAA